AUGGCGAUCCCGUUCGCUCCGCGCCGGGGAGCCGGGGCUGCCAACCGGCGCUGGUUCGUGCUGCUGCCGCCCCUGCUGCUCGCGCUGCUGCUCGCGCGGCCCGCGGCGGCCCUGGUGGAGGGACUCUACUGCGGCAAGCGGGACUGCUACGAGGUGCUGGGCGUGAGCCGCACGGCCAGCAAGGCGGAGAUCGCGCGGGCCUACCGCCAGCUGGCCCGGCGCUACCACCCCGACCGCUACCGGCCCGAGCCUGGCGAGGAGGGCCCGGGACGGACGCCGCAGAGCGCCGAGGAGGCCUUCCUGCUGGUGGCCACCGCCUACGAGACUCUCAAGGAUGAAGAGGCUCGGAGGGAUUACGACUACAUGCUGGAACACCCGGAGGAGUACUACAGCCACUACUACCACUACUACAGCAGGCGCCUGGCCCCCAAGGUGGACGUGCGCGCCGUGAUCCUCGUCAGCGUGUGCGCCGUCUCAGCCUUUCAGUUUUUCAGCUGGUGGAAUAGUUAUGACAAGACGAUCAGCUACCUGGCCACGGUGCCCAAGUACCGUAUCCAAGCCAUGGAGAUUGCCAAGCAGCAGGGAUUGCUGAGAAAAGCCAGAGAGAAGGGCAGAAACAGAAAGUCCAAAGAGGAGGUUCGUGAUGAGGAGGAGAACAUCAUAAAGAACAUUAUAAAAAGUAAAAUAGACAUAAAGGGGGGCUAUCAGAAGCCCCAGAUACGUGACCUUCUCCUGUUUCAGAUUCUCUUAGCUCCUUUUCACUUGUGCUCGUAUAUAGUGUGGUAUUGCCGAUGGAUCUAUAAUUUUAACAUCAAAGGCAAAGAAUACGGGGAAGAAGAAAGACUAUAUAUCAUACGUAAAUCUAUGAAGAUGUCAAAGUCUCAGUUUGAUAGCCUAGAAGAUCAUCAGAAAGAAACUUUUCUUAAACGGGAGCUUUGGAUAAAGGAGAAUUAUGAGGUCUACAAACAAGAGCAAGAAGAGGAACUAAAGAAAAGACUGGCAAAUGACCCUAGAUGGAAAAGAUAUAGGAGAUGGAUGAAGAAUGAAGGGCCUGGACGGUUGACGUUUGUGGAUGACUGA